GGUACCCCAUCUCGAUUACUACAGUUAGGCAUCCUCUGAAUUGCAUCCGCUAUGUUCCGUCUCGUGUGUAGCCGUUUGUCGCUCUGACCGAGCCGAGUGCAACGACUGUGUUUCCCCCUCGAUUUAAUAUUUGAAUUAAUAUUAAAGAACACUAUGGUGGAGCAGUCGGAUCACGCUCCUCUGCUGGACUGGGAGGAGGUUCCCCCGGCCGAACUUCCCCCAUCGGUUCCGUCGCCAGUGUCAGAGGAUUCUUUGCAGUCCGGUAUAUCGAGUUUACCGUCCUGGGGCGGUGUAGGGGCAGAACUCUCCUCAAACACAUGCCCGGUGAGACCGAAUAAAGUAACAGCUGUUUUAGGUGAAAGUGCACAUUCCCCCUAUAAUCAGAGUGGCCCGGUAGGAGAUGCUUCUGUCUCGGAUGAGGAGGGAGACUGCGCCUUUCAUGGACUGUCAGUCAGAGACCGGAGGAUCAAAGGAUGGGAGGAAAAAGAUCAAAUUGUUGCCGUGUUUGUUGUGACUUUCGCCACGAGAUCGGGGAACAUGAUAGAAUGGUGCCUACCUCAAGAUGUGAACCUGGAGGGAGUCGAAUUCAAGUCAAUGGCCAGUGGCUCCCAUCGGAUCUCAAGUGACUUCAUAUACUUCCGUAAAGGCUGUUACUUCGGACUAGCGUGCUUUGCCAACAUGCCCGUGGAAAGUGAGCUGGAACGAGGGGCACGGAUGAAGUCUGUAGGGAUUUUGUCUCCUUCGUACACACUAUUGUACCGUCACAUGCACUUCCUGGAGAACCAGGUCCGGCACCAGCUUCAGUGUCCAGGCCAGUACUCUCCACUGGAAGCUUUCUAUGAGGAUAAAAAGGCAGUGUUGCCCCCAGGAGGGAAUGGUUUGGUCACGACCUGCCCGACCAGCUCUCUUGGGCCCAUAGUCAACCGCUGCAUGCAUCCAGAGAUGAAGAUCACACACCCGGCUGGCUGCAUGUCCCAGUUCAUCUGCUUCUUUGGAGAGCAGAUUAUGGUGCUGUGGAAGAUUGCUUUGCUCAGGAAACGCAUCCUCAUUUUCUCUCCUCCACCUGUCGGUGUGGUCUGCUAUCGGGUGUACUGUUGCUGCUGCCUUGCUAAUGUGUCCAUUCCUGGGAUGGGUGUCUCGGUUCCGGAAUUGCGCCCCUUCUUCUACGUCAAUGUGGCUGACAUUGCAGCUCUUGAGACAGAGCUAUCUUAUGUGGCUUGUACAACAGAGAAGAUCUUUGAGGAAAAGAAGGAGCUGUAUGAUGUCUACAUUGACAACCAGAAUGUAAAGACACACAGAGAGAGUCUUCAACCUCUACUUAGACUCAACAAUGCUGAUAGAGAGAAGUAUCGCAAACUCUGUGAGCAGAGGCAGUUGCUGCUGUACUCUCAGGAAGUGGAUGGAGACUGCACAUCUAAUGAGGAGGACCUCUUCAUUCUGUUCUUCAUGGAGCAAAACAACAGAAUCUUCCAGACCCUGUCUGAGGUGGCAGGAAGCGCUGAUCCAACGCUGACGGCAGAGCAUGUGAGAGUCAUGGGGCUGGAUCCUCACAGUGACCGCAGCUUUGUCGUCGACCUGCUGGAGGUCUACGGCAUCGACGUCAUGCUGGUUAUCGACAACCCCUGCUGCCCGAGUCAUUCCUGACCCUCCUGGACUACACUGAUACUGCCAACACCUACAAUGCCGGUGCAAUCUACCUGCAGUCUUUUUGUGCACUCUGCAGCCAGUCAAUCCAGUGAAGUCUUUCUGCGUAUCUGUCUCUCUGUGUGCUUUAUCCUUCCAGCCUGGAUUUCCUCACAAAUCAGCCUAAGAUUGUAUCCAAAACUCGAUGAAACUAAUCUUUGUGCCUCUCUCUCUACUGCUUUUCAAUGUGUGGUCUUCAGUUGUGACUUUCUUCUUGCCAAUGCUGUCUUGGGCAGCUGAUGUGAUGUCUCCAGUGGGUAUAAAUCUGCUUCACAUGGACCCCAGAGAGUCAGUGACAUCCUCAAUAGAUCAUAUCUCAAGCCUGGAUUCACCUUUUUCUUGCUGGUAACAACGGUUUGGUAAAGUCUGCCUUGAAUGUCAUAUCUGUAUUUCUAAUAGUUUUAUGGUUAAUGUUUAUUACACACUAUCUGUACCAUAUUUUUUAAGCGUAUUCAUGUACAUUGUUUUGAAAGAAAACAGGCAUAUGUAGGUGUUUUUCUUGUUUUCCUCCUACAGUGAGGUUUAUUUGGAAAAAAGAUCUGUAUUUUGGAGUGUUUGUGGAUUACCUAAAGAGAAAUGAAUACGUUUCUCAGUCAAUCUCAUUUCAGUGCCGAAGUGUAAUUUGAUGACUGACUCUUGUUACUCAUUUAAUCGACAAAAAACGACAAUGUUGUCUACUCUCAUUCAGUGUAAUUACACUGAAUGGGUCUUGUUGUACUAAAUAAUUAUGGAAGCCAAGCAGAAAACAUAUGUGUGUUAAUGCUGGACAGGCCUUUAAUCACUAUCAUUUUUGUACUGAAUGUAAAUUGUAUAUUUUCAAUCCACCGGUUGCACAUAUGAUGUUAAACAGACACAGAAAUGUUAUGUUAUACAAAUUGCUCUAAGGAAAUGAAUGUGAUUCAAUUUCUAUCUUUGUCAUCAGUGAAUGCUCUAUUUAUAUACUUGUUUUUUAUUUAAAUGUAUCUGGGUUGAUCAUUGCUGGAUAACAGCAGCAGACUGGCCUCAAGAGGCUGACUUAUUGUAGGUUUGUAUGUUGUUGUUUCUGGAGCCAUAUCCUGUGAAAACCCUAAAUGGACACUGAACUGUUCAAAUGAUUCAUAAAACAGUAUUAAUCAAGGUAAAAUUUGAAUGAAGUAUUUACUUCGUCUUUUCUGUUUACAUUUCCAUCCAUCCACUGUCUAUUUAAAUUAAGGUUAAAAUACAGAUAUGUGACAAAAUUACCCAUAGAGAGGGCAAGUGCACCAUCAGUCUUGAAAAUGAGUGCAGGCACUCAGGUUUGGUACUGUUUGAUAGGUAAAAUUACAAUUUCUUUAAAUUACAAUUAAUACAAUAUUUAAAGCUAAAGUGUGUCAUUUCUGUGCCACUAGCUCCACUGAACAGAAUUGCAUAAAUAAACAUUGUUUUAAAAACAGCUUUCUGAACAUGCCCUAUGUCUCCCAGUGGUCAAACAAACAGAUAGUUCCACCCACAUCUCAUGGCAUUGGCUGAGUCAAUGUUGUUGUGUCAAGCUGGAAGGGCUGCUCAAAACAAACAGGAAAUUUUCAUAGCACCACAGCCAUAGUGUUGGCAGUAAACAAAUAAAAACCUACAAAUGUCCUACUUAUAGUUGCCUCUGCAUAUUAAUCUGGGAUAGGAGUAAAUAUUUUAAUACUAAAAAGAUUACAUAGUUUUGCUUUAAGUUAACAAUAAAUAAUGUGUUGCUGCUCACCCAGUCAAUUUUAAGGAUAUAAUGUUUAAAUGUGGACCCCCCCCUCAUUUCUUAUCAGAGAAAUUAAGAUAAACAUUUCCUCUGUAUUCAAUUCUGACAUAUUUUUUUGGAAACCAUCCUCUUUUUGGAAGAAGAUUGGUUGUUUAGUGUCCUCCUAUUGUAAAUAAAUGGAGAAUGUAUAUUUAGCAGCCAUGUAACAUAAUUGUACAGGUUGAUUUAUCUUGUAUUGUGUAUGCACGAUAAAUUAUUUUUUGUUACAUCAAGUCUUUGUCACAAUAACAGGCUAAAUGAAUGUUAAGUUUUACUCAACACCUCUGUUUUACACACUACUUAUAAUUAAUACAAACUUAAGCAUGUGCUUGUCGUUUUCAAACCAGUGAUUAUUAUUCACUGGUUUCUUUUAUACCACAUGCUUAGUGCAAAGUUGAUUUGUGACCAUUAAAUAAACAUUGGAUUAACUGACAGAA